AUUUCUCUCACCUUUCUGCAAUGGCGUCGAAGGUUCUCGCCUCCGCGCCUGCCACAUCACUAGCAUUUCACUCCUCCCGCGAAGGAUAUUGCCCUCGCACUCGUGCCGCCGUUUCGAACACCCACAGUGGCCGACCUGUCUGCGCAUUCCUGGGCACGCCAUUGAAGCAGCAGCGGCAGGGAUGCUGCCGGCGAAAGCAGAUGCGACGAUCUGCAACAGUCACCGAUGACGUCCAGCGCGUGAUUGCGACAGCUUCUGCGGAGGGCGGGGCGAAGAGGAAAGCGAAGGCGAAGGCGGAGAAGGCGCGAGUGGAGGUGGUGGAGUCGGAGGAGGAGAACUCGCGGGUUCGGCUGACGGUGACGGUGCCCGCCGCGAUUUGCGCUGACACGUGGCAGCGGACCGUGAAGGAGCUGAUGCGCACCACGCAGAUCAAGGGGUUCAGGAAGGGCGACCGCGUGCCGGAGUGGCUGCUGGUGCGCGAGUACGGCGAGCGCGCUGUCAAGCUGCAGGCGCUCGACCUGCUGCUGCAGUCCACGCUCUCCGACGCCCUCGCAUCGGUGGCAGGGCGGGCGCUCAAGGACUCGGAGCACAUCACAAGCAACGUGGACCACCUCGUCACCGCCUUCCAACCCGACUCCCCCCUCACGUACGAGGUGACGGUGGACGUGGCGCCGGCAGUGGGGUGGAGCAGCGAGCGCGCGUACGCCAACCUGCAGGUGGAGGUGGAGGUGGAGGACGAUGGCGACGAGGCGGCCAUGGCAGCAGCGGAGCGGCAGAUCAGAGCGCAGCUCAAGAGCAUGGGGCGCCUCACCAUCUCACAGGACGCCGGACUCAAGAUGGGCGAUGUGACAAUAGUGGACAUCGAGGCGCAUCGCAUCACAGCCGAGGGCGAGAAGGGCGACCCCAUCCUCUCCGCCACGCAGAAAGGGUUUCAGCUGGACACGGAGGAGGGCGAGUACCUGCUGCCGGGGAUGGUGGACGCGCUGCUGGGUAUGCAGCGCGGGGAGACCCGGGAGUUCCGCCUCACCUUCCCCCCCUCCUGGCAGACCGAGUCCCUGCGCAACGUGCCCGCCACGUUCACUGUGACUUGCCAGGAGUUGUUCGUCAGGGAGCUGCCUCAACUCACUGAUGAACUUGCUGAGAAGUUUCUUCCGGGAGUGACCACAAUAGCCGAGGUGCGGCGCAAGGUGGCGGGGGCGUGGCAGGUGGAGCAGCAGCAGAAGAGGAAGCAGGCCACCCUGAACGCCAUCGUUAACGCGCUGGGGGAGGUGUGUGCCAUGGCAGUGCCCAACUCACUGUUGGAGGAGCAAGGCCGGCAGAUGUACGGCGCCAAGCUCAUCGAGCUGCAGACGGAGGGCAAGCUGCGGGCGGAGGAGGUGAAGGCGCUGAUGGGCGAGGGCAUGGUGGAGAACUACCUGCGGGCGCAGCGGGACAAGAUCGAGCGCCAGGUCAAACAGGCGCUCGCCGUGCAAGAGGUGUACCGCGUGGAGGGGCUGCAGUUCAGCGAUGCGGAGCUGGAGGCGGAGGUGGCGAGUGCGGAGGCGGAGUUCAAGCGCUUCAACCAGGAGUUCGACGAGAAGCGCGUCAGAGAGCAGGCGGCGGAGGUGUUGGAGGGCAAGACGGUGCUGGACUGGCUGGCUGCGCGCGCUACCAUCACCUAUGUCAUGCCCGCGUCCUCGUAAUCGCACAACUGCUGUGCGUCAUGCCCGUAGAGCGCAUACCACAAUCCAAUUGGGACUCAAAGCAGAGGAAGCUCAAGUGCUUGCAAUGUGGUGCACAGAAUUCAUCGAUAUGCAGAAUAGAUAGGCAGAUCUUAGGGCGGAUUCCUACAAAGUUGGCUCUACUCGAAGUUGGAUCUGAACCCUGCAGAGCCGGAUCUGUGUAAUGCUACAACGUGGAUCUUCCGACCCGCGUUAUGAGCUGGCAGCGCAUGGCAUCCUGAUUGGCCGCGAGAUUUGCACGCAACCUGUGCAGGCGGGCCGUGUGCAGUCCCUAUUUUUCACGAGUAAAUUACUCUGAUUCUCUGAUUUUCAGAGUUGAUUUUGUGUACCACCCUUAUGCCUCUGGGUAAAAUUUUUAGAUUAUAUGUUUUCUCUGAUGAGCCAGGGUUUUCUUUUGUACCACCCUGAGGGGUUUACUGUAAG